GAGUUUUAUAUGCUCACCCACACACACACGCAAACACACGCACACACAGGUGCAUAUCUCUUUCUCCUUGUGCUCAGUUGUCUGCAGGGAGGAUCCAUGCUCCGGAAGGCUGUUUAGAUGCUCUGUUGGAACCCCACACUGUCCCUGGGAUCAUCAUCGAUCCCACUCCUGAAUCCACUCUUAUGCCCACACCUGAGCUGACCCCUGAAUCUGGCCCCAAGUUAACUCUUGCCUUCAGCCAUGACUCUACCCCUGAGAUAGUCUUUGACUUCUCGCCUGAAUCUGCCCCUGACUUGGGCCUUGACUCUGCCCCUGAAUCCUGCCUUAAACCUGUCCCUGAGCUAGCCACUGAAUUAAUCUCUGACUCCACCCUUGUUCUGGUGCCUGACUCCACCCUUGAAUGUGCCCAAGAGGUGGACCCUGAGCUGGCCUAUAAGCCAACCCCUGAAUAUGCCCCAGAGGCAGGCCCUGAGUUGGCCCAUAACCCAACCCCUGAAUCUGCCCCGAAGGUGGGCCCUGAACUGACCCAUCACCUACCCCCUGAAUGUACCCCAGAGAUGGGCCCUCAGCAGGUCCAUAAGCCAACCCUUGAAUCUGCCCCAGAAGUGGGACUUCAACUGGCCCAUAAGCCAUCCCCUGAAUCUUCCCCAGAGAUGUGCCCUGAACAAGCCCAUAAACCAACCCCUGAAUGUGCCCCAGAGAGGGGCCCUCAGCAGGCCCAUAAGCCAACCCCUGAAUCUGCCCUAGAGAUGGAUUCUGAUCUGACCCAUAAGCCAACCCCUGACUGUGCCCCAGAAUCCCUUCAGGUGGGCCUUACCUCCACCCCUGAAUCUGCCCUGGAUCUGGUCCUCGGCUCCACUACUGAACUGGGCCCAACCCCUAAUUCCCCUCAUCACUCAGCCACCAAGCUGGCCCCUGCCUUCACCCCUGAACUGGCCUCUGACUCUUCCUCUGAGGUGAACCCUGACUCUACAGCUAUGCUGGCCCCUGACCUGGUCCCUGAUUCUACCUCUGAGCUGGUCUUGGGCUGCACCCCUGAGCUGGAACCUGUUGCAGUCAAAGACAGAAUCCAGGAGGAGAAGCUUGUAGAAGAGAGAGAGGAAAGUUUUCGGUCGGCCCCCCAGCCCUCAGAGAAAAGCCUGCUGGUGAUUGACAUGUCAAAAAGAAUAAUAUAUUUUUUUUUUAAACGGCUUCGAUUGUGCCGCAGUCCUGCUGCAUGCCUUCACUUGCAAAGUGAAGUCAGCAAGGUCUAAAAUAACUGUGAAUGGCCACUGAGAAUGGUGACAUUUUGUUUCUAUUCCAGGUAUCCUUGCACUUUUAAGAUGGAGUAUACACAAUCUAUAUAAAUCUAUAAUCUCGUGCACGAACACUGCGCAAUAGCUGAUCUUAACAUUCGCCAACAGCCAAUGACAUCUCACCCAAUUUUCACCAAGAGUUUCAUCGAGAGAGUUUUGGUAAAUGUGUUUCAAUACAGCCAUGUCAAAGGGAAGGGAAUGCCAUACUGCCAUACUGAAAUGACCUUGACUGACCGCCUCAGCCAUUUACAUUUGCUGUGAAAAAAAAAAUAAUUGUAUUUAUUUGUAAAAAUAGAACUUAUAUGUCAAUCAACAAAACAAAUGAGAGGAGAGGUGGAAAGGAGACACUGCCAUGGCAACAGAUAUCUGCCCGUUUGACAGGUGCCACUCACCCUGUCAAACAUCAUCAUUUUCAGGAAGUCUUGCAGUUAUGAGUUUGGUAUGAGAGAUUCACAGGGGAAUCAGCUGACCCAUGAUGCAGCAGCUUGUCUGUAAUCAGACUGGUUUCCUU